CUGCUGCUGCUCUGGAGCUGCGCGUACUGCGCGUGGGCCGUGCCCGGCGCCGACCUGAAGCUGCAGCUGCCGUUCCCCGUGGCGUCGCACCCGCUGCAGCUCUCCUCCAGCCUCUUCGCCGCCUCGGAGCGCCUGCCGCUGGACGCGCGCGUGGCCAACGCGUCGCACGAGUCGAAGCCCAAGAUGCUGGCCGACGUCCCGUUCCCCACGGGCGCGUGGUGGACCAACCUGGUGCUGGCCGAGGGCCAGAGCGCCGUGGCCACCAUGCCCUACGUGCACCGCAUCCUGGACGAGAAGCUGCACGUGAGCUUCCCGUUCCGCGUCGUGGCGCCGCGCAGCAUCAUAGAGGGCUUCCUCGCCCAGAUGGUGGUGAGCUCCCAGGCCGCGCAGACGUCGAGCCUGCCGCUGGCGCAUCACGUGGUCAACUUCGACGCGUUCAGCACCACGCUGCGCUUCAGUCGGGGGCAGACGGAGGAGUUCCGCGUCUAUUUGGUGCGCGGCUCGCCCUACAUCACGAUGGAGUACAGCCACAGCCGCCCCGUGGUGGAGGCCAAGGACGGGCUGCAGAUCAAGCGCUUCAAGAAGCUCAAGGGCCUCACGCUCAUGAACGGAGAGGACGCGCCCUUCGCCACGUUUGCCGCCGAGCUCAACAACGGACAGACGUGGUACCUGUACGCCUCGGACAAGCAGCUGAAGCUCAGGCUGGACUCGAACGGACAGGUGACGAGCGACGAGCCGUUCACGGGAGUGCUGCGAGUGGCGCUGUGCCUCGAUGCCAAGGUCAUGCCCUUCCUGCUGGAGUCUGCGUCGGUGUAUGCAGUCGGGGGUGACAUGGCUCACUCGGUGGACCCGGAGGACGCCGACAAGGCGCUGCUCGAGUUCCAGUGGAAGACUAAAAGCUUUUCGACUUUCCAUGGCAAGGCGGAGGGGGUCUCGGACGAGGAGAACGGCAAGCUGCUGAUGCUGGCGCUGCCCCAUCACAUGGACGUGAUGCAAGUGCAGAAGAGCGGCAAGACCGUCGACAAGGGCAAGAACAAGGUGCUCUCGGGCCUGAGGUACACCAGCAUCCGCGGACUGAUGGAGGGCGUGUUCGGGGCUGUGUGGCACAUGAAGGAGACGCUGCCGUCGGUCGAGUGGAACUACGCCGACGACGGUCUGUUUAGCGACGACUUCAGCGGCAGUUUGAAGGACGGAAGCACUGAUGAUGAACAGCGUCGACUUGAUAUGCGCGAGAAGGCGAAGCAGGCCAUUCUGAAGCAGCUCCCACUUGAUGUUGAUGCGUAUCCGCCGCCAUUGAGCCCCGACUCGUACAACUUCGGCAAGCAGGUGAGCCGUGACGCGCGGCUGCUCUUGAUCGCCGACAAGUUCGACCAGGAGGAGGUGAAGCAAAAACUCUUGCUGAAGGUCGAGAUGGAGAUUACUGAGUGGCUGGAAGCCACGAACGCCAACCACUUCGUGUAUGAUCAGACGUUCGGUGGUAUCAUCACGAACGACGGAUGGCAUGACAAGGAGGCUGACUACGGCAACGGCUACUACAACGACCACCACUUCCACUACGGGUACUUCAUCUACGCGCUUGCGGCAAUUCGGAAAUUCGACCCUGCUUUCAUCGAAAAGCACGCGCAAGCCUGCGCUUUGCUCAUGGGUGACAUUGGAACGCCGCUGCUCGAUAGCAACACUACGUUUUUCAACGACCUCCCGGUUCGACUACUCUUCCCUACGGCGCGCCACAAAGAUUGGUUUGUGGGCCACUCGUACGCGAGCGGUCUAUUCCCGAUGGAGGAUGGCAAGUCCCAGGAAAGCAGUAGCGAGGAUCUCAACGCUUACUACGCUCUUGCGCUCUUCUCGUCGCUUGACGAAAAGGCAACCGAAGGUCAGGGAGACAGCUCCUACCACCAGUACGCACGUCUGCUCUUGGCGACGGAACUGCGGUCGGUGAAGAAGUACUGGCACAUGGCGGAGAACUCCAAGAUCUACGAGCCUGCCUUCUCGAAGAACGCUAUGGUGGGCGUUGUGGGCGAGAUGAGUGCCGUGUACAACACGUGGUUUGGAGAUCGCGCUGUGUACAUCCACGGCAUCAACAUGCUCCCUUUCACGCCGUUCACGCCGCACCUGCUUGAUGAAGAGUACUACGUUGCACGCGAGUACGCCCUCCUGAGCCAGGAUCUGCCUGACCUGGACCAGUACGAUAUCUGGCGCUCCAUCGUCGUGAUGGACCACGCCAUCUUGAACGCAGCGGACGCCUGGGACGAGCUCAACAACACCGUCAAGGCGUUUGAUACGUGGUCGUCGCGCGCCAACGCCAUGUAUUGGAUCGCUACUCGCCCGUCGUGGUUCGCCCAAAAGAAUCGCGCCGUAUUGAGCAACCCAGACCUGGAUGCCGACGACAAAUGCUUCGGCUUCCCGGCGUGCGCUUCGGCGGGAGAAAACGGAACUGCGCUGAUGUGCUGUGGCACGUUGCCUGGAUGCUGCCCCAGCCACCUAGGCUGCUGCCCGCAGGAAGACCCCGCUCUUUUGCCCAGCAACGCUUGCUUUGGAGAACACGAGUGCGCUGUGCUGGGCCUGGGCUGCUGCAACACUAUCGACGGCUGCUGCGAGCCCGACCCGAUCACAGGAGCCGUGUUGGGCUGCUGCAAGAACCAGCACCCGGUGGUUAGCAACACGACCCACAAGCCAGCUCACACGGCUAAAGACGACGCGGUCUGCUAUGGUGAGCCUCUCUGUGCGGCAGCCAAACUCGACUGCUGUGGCGCCCCCGGAGGCUGCUGUGCGGGAUCUGGGGUCACGUUGGACUGCUGCUCGUCUGAGACGCCCGUGUCGGUUCUCUCCAGUUCGUCGCACUCGAGUGAUGCGAACACUUGCCAGGGUCAGCCGAAGUGCGGAGCUGCUGGUCUGGACUGCUGCGGAUGGGAUGGAGGCUGCUGCAAGCCUGACCCCGUGACUGGUGCCAAGUUGGACUGCUGCCAAGACGAAGCGGCCGAUGCGCCCUCCACCGAGACCAUUCCUAUCCGUAGCGGCAACGGGCACCACGAAGACCGCGACUCGGACGACAGCGAUGCUGGGGAGAAUGCAGGUGACACGGUCACUCGUAUCUUCAUUGGCCUUGGUGGUGCUGUCCUGCUCAUCGCUAUCGUGUACGCCGUGGGCCUGUGCUACCGACGUCGCGGCUACGCCAGCAUUGACGGCGAUAUGCGAUCGCUGUACUGCGCCGGCCUGAUGGUUGGCGUCAUCGCCUUCUUCGUCUUCCUCAUCGUCACAGCUUAAGCCCCUGGCGAGAUGCCUUGGAGCACAAUCUUUCCCAAUCACUUUUGUCGUCCCUAGACGAUCUAAACUUUUUGAAAUGAAAGCUGAAUCCAACGUGCCCACUCA